GAGACAAAAACAGUCAGCAAACAAACACACGGUUCACUGUUAUGGUAUUUUUGGAAGCACCUACUGCAAGACUGGCGGACUAACUGAAGUCGACUCCACGGCAGCGGAUACGAAACUGGUCGAAAAGGUCAAAGGAACGCAAAGGAGUCGGAUGGACGCAGCAAUUGCGGGGGAACAAAACAAACCCUGUCACCCUACGUGACCACUCUUUAUGGCUGAUUCACCCUCACGCUAGCCAAACACUGAAACUCUCACACGCAUUUAAACCAUCGCUAUUUACCCACCCAAUAUCUGCCUGGUUCCGUUGAAGGUUUACGUCACAAGCCAGCCAGCAAUCAUGCUAAUUUAGCUUUAGCCCCAGUCACACUGAGUGGCUAGCUUGCACGAUGUAGCCAAGGUUGAAUAGUCUGCGUUCGCUUCGGAAGGAGAUUUUUAUUUUUAUUUUAACCCCCGAGUGGUUCCUGGGCAAUAAGUGACUUUGGAAUGUGAAGCACCAUGGCCAACUUGGAAGCUUACAGGGAGUACCAGAGGAUCGAGGACCUGGAGGAGGACUCACCGCCGGGAGAGGAGGACCUGCUGCUACACGUGCCCGAAGGCCUGAAAGAUUCUUGGCACCACAUCAAAAACUUGGAUAACUUCUUCACGAGGAUCUACCAUUUCCAUCAAAAGAAUGGAUUUGCCUGCAUGAUGCUGUCAGAGUUCUUUGAGCUUGUUCAGUUUUUGUUCGUCGUCACUUUCACGACGUUCCUGGUUAACUGCGUGGAGUACGACGUCCUGUUCGCCAAUCGAGCUGUCAAUCACACGGGGUCAGGACACAACCCCUUGGACAGGAGCAAAGUAACCAUCACCGAUGCCCUCUUGCCCAGCCAGCAGUGCACUGAGAGGAUCCAAGACAACAGCUGGAUCAUAUUCCUGCUCAUCAUGGCGGCCGUCUUCUGGAUAUAUCGCCUCAUCAAGGUCUUUUGCAAUGUCCUGAGCUACUGGGAGAUCCGCCAGUUCUACAUCAAAGCGCUGAAGAUCCGAAUGGAUGAACUAUGCAACUUCACGUGGCAGGAAGUCCAGGACCGCCUCAUCAGCCUGCAGCGAGAGCAGCAAAUGUGCAUCCACAAGAAAGAGCUGACAGAACUCGACAUCUAUCACCGCAUCCUGCGCUUCAAGAACUACAUGGUGGCCAUGAUCAACAAAUCCCUGCUGCCUGUGCAGCUGCAGCUCCCCCUGCUGGGAAAUGUGGUCUUUCUCACACAGGGCUUAAAGUACAACUUUGAACUCAUCCUUUUCUGGGGGCCCGGAUCGCUGUUCCAGAACAAGUGGAACCUGCACUCCAAGUACAAGCGCAGUGGUAACCGCCUGGAACUAGCGCAGCAGCUUAGCAGAGUCAUACUGCUAAUGGGCGUGGCCAACCUGCUGCUUUGUCCCUUCAUUUUGGUGUGGCAAAUCCUCUACGCCUUCUUCAGCUACACUGAAAUAAUUCGCCGCGAGCCCGGGAGUCUGGGUGCACGCCGCUGGUCCCUCUACGGUCGAUUGUAUUUGCGUCACUUCAACGAGCUCAACCACGAGCUGCACGGACGCUUAGGCCGAGGCUACAAGCCCACGUCCAAAUACAUGAACUCCUUCACAUCGCCGCUGUUCACCGUGCUUGCUAAAAACAUUGCCUUCUUCUCUGGCUCGGUGUUGGCGGUGCUCAUCGCACUCACCGUCUACGAUGAAGACGUUCUGACAGUGCAGCACAUUCUGACUGUCAUCACUGUGCUAGGAGUGAUCAUCACUAUCACCAGGUCCUUUAUCCCAGACGAGCAUAUGGUGUGGUGUCCAGAGCAGCUGCUACAGUGCAUGCUGGCCCACAUCCACUACAUGCCAGACCACUGGAGGGGCACUGCUAACAAGAGCGAAACCCGCGAUGAGGUGGCGCAGCUGUUCCAGUACAAAGCGGUGUUCAUCCUGGAAGAGUUGCUGAGUCCCAUCGUCACGCCCUUCAUUCUCAUUUUCCUGCUGAGGAACAAGUCUCUGGAGAUCAUCGACUUCUUCCGAAACUUCACGGUGGAGGUGGUCGGAGUGGGAGACAUCUGCUCCUUUGCACAGAUGGACAUCAGACGCCACGGAAACCCAACUUGGAUGUCCGAGGGCCAGACGGAGGCGUCUGUGUACCAACAAGCUGAGAACGGCAAGACAGAGUUGUCCCUCAUGCACUUCACCAUUAAGAACCCGCACUGGCAGCCACCGCUGGAGAGCUCUGUGUUCAUCAGCCACCUAAAGGAGAAGGUGCAUCACGACGCACAAGGUGGUCCGUCUACGCAGCUUCUCCUCUCUGAGGCUCCUCUCUGCACAUCGCUGCAGUCCAACGAGUCAGGAACAGGGCCUGAUAAUUUGUUAGCAAGCGUCCUGGCGCACCCCGUACUAACGGCGUCAGGACUACAAGGCAGAGAUCAUUGCUUUAUCCCGCCAAGCACUGCAGCGUCGGCCGCCGCCAGCGUCCUGGCCUCUUUGUCCACCUCCCAAUUUCCACACGGUAGCCAUCGUGGCCGCCCACUGCGCCAUCAAACCUCUUCUGCCCAUCCAGAGAGCACCAUGUACUGCAGCGAUCGCACUGUCUUUGACAGUAUGUCGAUCAGUGACAGCCGCUUGCGGAGCAAUACCCUUCACUCAGAGUUUGCCUCAGCAGAGAUGAGCCUUCACGCCAUUUACAUGCAUGAGCUGCACCAGCAGACUUCUCAUCCGCAGAGAAGUUCCGGGCAUUGGCAACACAACCCGAUGCCGAUGACGGAGCUCCACAGCAACACAGUUUUCCCAGCCCAUGUUUAUUCCACUUCGUCUUCAGCCACCCCUGUGCAACUUGGUGGUUGGCAAGAAGAAGAAGAGGAGGACGUAGGUGAACAGGAGAUUAACAGCGGAUCCACUCCAAAACAGGCCACUGGGACACCUCACUGAAGUGCCUUAUGACAUAAGUGUUUACAUUUGACUUUUCUCCUGUGAACACGGUGGCCUUAGAAGAUCUUCAUGGAGAGUUCUAGCACGGACCUUUUAAGGGCCUCUCUGGAACACGAAGUACCCACUAUUCUCUUCUUCUUCGCACAUCAGGGAAGCAUAUAUUUUCUUUUUUUUUCUAUUUUUUCUUUUUUUUACAUCACACAUGGUGACUUUUGUCAUUGUGUUUAAUAAGACCACUGAUGGAAACGCCAAAGGCUCCUGCUGACCUCUGCUGGUAGCUCUGUGCGCUACCAUGCACUGCACAGCACAGCGACCGUCUACUAUGUCACAGAGUCUAUCCACUGCUUUACUGCUUUUUGAACAAUGGUCGUUUUCAGUGUAGACACUUGAAAAGUCCACAUUGUUACAUCUAAAUCUGACAAACAGGUCUCCUGAGCUUGACUAUAGAAGGCAUCACCGAGCACAAUAACGUGUUUCCGUGGAUUAUUUUGAUGCUGCUGCCUGUGUUUACACCACAGAUUUGUUUCAGUAUUAUUGUCUCUCAAGCUUUUUGUAUCAUGAUUCUUUUAGAAAUAUGUCAGGACCUGGUACACAUUUUAUGACAGGAAAAAACAAAUUGAUGAUGACCGAAUCAUCUGAAAACUGAAACAAUUUUUUCCCAUAAGAUAUCAUGUAAACCCAAUGUAUCCAUUCCAGGCACAUGGAUAUAUACAUAACACACAUUUUAUAGAGAAUAAUUACAGUAAAAAAAAAACUAUUCACAUCCAAAUAGGGAUUCUCAUUUAUGUUGAUUCUAAAUCAAUUCAUUAUUUCAAAAAUAAAUUUUUUAGGCCGUCUUCACACUCACUCUGUGCGUAUAUGUUAGACAACAGUAGGCAAGAGGAGCUUUCGUAACCUGCUUUAAAAAGGUUUUAUCAUAAUUGUUAAUAACCAAAUAAUAUAUUGAGAGAAUUGAUUUGUUUCCAGAAUAAUGUCUGAAUUUAGUCAUCACUCCAAGAAUAAGAAUCAAAUCAGGAGUUGUUGUAAGAUUCACAUCCAUAGUGAAAUACAUAUCAAUAAAGAAAGUUGGGAAGGACGGGCGAUAUGUGGAGAGAGGAGCCACACAGAGGCCACCUUUGUAAGUUCUUUAAACAAUUCAAUAGUGUUUCUUAUCUUCUUUAUCAAAGUGCUAGCACUCACAACUUUCUUUGGCCCCAUGUGGAUUAUUUAGCAGUUAUAUGCAAUGAAAAAAAACAUACUGCCCUCAAGCCUAUUCACCUAGCACCCAGUUACGCACUUGAACGCCUCAUUACAUAUCACAAAGCACAGUGCUUGAUGGACACUACUCUGUCACGAUAAAACGUAGAGAGACACGAAAUUGCCCGUCGUUCUGUGGGUGUUCUGUUAGAACAAGUAAACCACUCACCCACUAAAAGUUGAUUAAAGGACGACUUAGUCCGACAAGUCAUCACAAAGUAUGCCCCCCCAAAAGAACCAAUAGUCAUUCUUCGCAGAGACUUUGUUUGGACACUGGGAUUACACGGAAUAGUUUUUUACAUGUAAAAAAUAUAACCCGAAUCAUAGGAAAAGUGGGACGUAUGAAAACCGAGGCACCACUACUUGCAACUUUUACACAACAAGCGUUCACUUCCUGUUAAAUCUGUAGAUCUUCAGUCAAGCACUGAUCCAAGAACUGAUCAUUAGGAAAAUAUUUUUCAAACAUGCUUGGUUUGUUUAUAAGUAGGAAUGCAUUUCUGGUCCGAUAUAUGGAAACUUCUCAUUGGAAAAGUGGAAAUUGGAUCACUUUUCAACAUUAGGGGAGCGUGGUUUAUUUAUAGCUUUAUUCAAAUCUUUCAAUAGACGACAAUAAAAAAACUCCCUACGACCAUCCUCAUUUUUAUUAAAUACUCACCAUUAUAAGCCCCUUUCACACAGCCUAUAAAAACAUUGCUCUCUAAGUAUGGAGAUAAAAGCAAACCAAACAACUUACCACCUUUCUUUGUGGUGUCAGAAGUGGAAUAGUACCUGUGUGAAGGGAGUAUUCCCUAACGUUGAGGUCAGGGUGAUGAGGUUGACACCUCCCCUGUUGUGUUGAACGCAAUCGUCGCUGUCCAACACAUAUUUUCUCACACACCACAUGCAUCUAAUUAUCUAAUUUGCUGUGUGAAAGCACACAUAUCUUCAAUGCAAGGUCCUGCUUUGAAGAGUUCUGUGUCAAAAGCAUUGGCAAACAAUUGUGCGGGAUCUCUGUUUUAUUACAAGAAAUUCAAGUUGCUCGAACUUCUACAGAAUACUUUAAUCGCUUUUCCCUUACAAGAGUGUGAAAAGAGGGAGCCGCUCAAGCAUAGUUAGUUUUAGAUGUAUUUAUUACCUCCUCCCCUGAUAUUUAAUAGUUUUGAUUAUUAUUUAUUUGAAAUAACUUAAUUCUACAAGGUGUGUAUAUGUAUGCAGAUGUGUGUGUAUAUAAUGUGUGUUUAUACACACAUUAUAUACACACACAUUCUAUGUACACAUUUACAUUGGGCUGCAACGAUUGGUCGAUUAAUUUGAUUAAAAAAAGCUUUGAUUUAUAUUCUGCUGCCUCGUUUAAUGAGUGUAACUAAUCAAAAUUGAUUAAAUCCAGACCGCAUGGAGUGCCUGGAACUUUAAAUACGCAUACAUAGUUUUUGCACGGCCACUGUAAUAGAGCGCACAUAAUAGUGUGUGUGCUGUGAUCAGAGAGAUUUGUGAGAUUUUUUUUAUUUUUUAUCAUUAAUGCACACAUGGUAAAAGUACAAUUUCAAUGUCGAUGAUGUGCAUUCAUUAGGGAACAAUAAUGAAGGUUAAUGCAAGCAGAAAAUGUGUUUAUUUCAAAUAUUUACCCUAAAAUAUACUUUGAAGCUAUAAUGUGUUUUAUCCGAUUACUCAAAUCGAACAAACUAGCUGGUAGAUUACUCGAUGAUUCAAAUAAUGGACAGCUGCAGCCCUACAUACACUGUACAUACAUACAGUACAUAUACACUUAUACAUACAUACGGUACAUGAGUAGCUUGCCAAAAGACAAUAAAAUAAUGUUAGAACAGUACAGUGCUUCUUAAAUAUGGUUGGGAGGUAGUGUGAAAUGUCGGUUGGGCUGUGUGAGGCUCACCAGGAAAUAUGAGCAAAUAUACAUGGCCUUUGGAUUUAGGGAAUGAGGAAAUAUAAUAUCCUUAAGUAUAAGCUCUUUAUUUAGAGCCACAAACUGGCUUGACACAUACAGAUCAAUAAAAUAAAUAUUACCCGGUUGAUGUGGACUGUGCACUAUAUAUUGCUUUAUGGCUUUUAUUUUAUUACUGUUUUAAAAUUAUAACCCAUUAAGAACAUGUAGACCUCUUUGUGUCUGUGGAAGGAAAAAAUGCUCAACAAUGCUAAAAUUUCAGUAUUUUGCACUGACACAUAUAAAUAUGUAUUUACAUGUACAUAAUAUACAGCACAUUUGCAGCUCAGAAAGGGGGUGGAGUCUCAAAGGGACACUGCCCCUGAGCCACCACUACAACCUCUACAUGUUUGUACAUAUAUAUAAAUAUGAAAGCUAUAUCAUCUUUUUCUAUCAUCAACCAGGUGAGGUUGCAUCACAUUAUUUUUGCGGUCACAGCUUGUGCGUUUUAUACCAGCUGCACUGCUGGUGUUCUCCUGCUAUUAUGAGCAGUGCCUUAGUGUUAACGACUCAUGUAGGAUUUAUUUACAGCGGCUAUUGCACCAUACUGUCCCUGUGUGGGUGUGUGUGUGUAACAUCAUGUACAAUAUGAUGAACGGCAAAUAGGCUGACAACAUGCAUUUUAUUGAUGCUGUCUGACUUUGCACUGACUUGUAUCAUCAUCAUCAUCAAUGUAUGACUUCAUGCCCACCACACACGCACACACAGUGGCUGGGACAAGGUGCUAUGUUUUUAUGCUAAAAUACUUCAAUAGGUUUUACAGCCAUUUAAAUACUAAACAGUAGCAGACAAAUGCAACUUUCCGGCACAAUAAACAUGUUUUGUGUGUCCCUCAGCUGAGAGGCAAAUGUGUAUUUAAUAAUUUUUAUGUGUGUUUGUGUUAUGUGAUGUUUGUUUGAAAUAAAACAUAUUUUUGCGAUUGCACGUGUGAGCUCGACGCUGAAGUCUUUGAAUUUUUACCAACUUAUGUUCUUAAAUGUGAUUUAUUGUUACUUAUUGUCUCACUGUUGGUCAUGACCCCAAAAUGCAGAAGCGACAGGCGAAGUGCAAGUAAAAAUGUAUUUAUAGACAAAAACAAAAAUGCAACAGGGAAGUGCACAGGUAAAGAUAUGGCAGCAUGGAGGUACAGGUGUCACCUGAUUGCCAAUCAAGGACAGAUGAGGGAGCCAGCGCUCAGACGAGAAUGGCGGAGGCAA